GCAAAGCCUUCAUUCAUGCAGACAUUUGAACGAGCUUCAUUUUCUAGAUUUCUUAACAGCUUUUGAUCUCGGAAUUCCUUAGAAUACUUUUGUUCCAUAUGGGUACGGCAUCACUUGACUGAAAGCCGCUGAGCGAAAUUGUUCACUGUGGCAUCAUCUUUUGUCAGCUUGAAAAAGGAUCUUAAAGUCUAAUUUGGGGCGAGAGGAUCUCUCAUCACCUUCUUUUCUCUCCUCAUCCGGGGUUAUUUCACAAAGACUUUGUCUCAAUAAUGAUGAACAGAACAACCACGCGUGGAGGGCACAAUAUAACGUACUGUUCUAUGGUGCCGGGAUGCCCUCACAAAUGGUCGGCGUCGGAGAUGAUGUGUCUCUGGGACAACUGGAGCAUUCAACUUUUUGUACUACUCGGCUUGAUUUUCCAGAUAGUUCUUGCUGCAUUAGGAAGCCGCAGGAAAACCUCAAGUGGCAAGACAAUCAGCCUUGUUAUUUGGGCAUCUUAUUUGCUCACCUCUUAUUUCGCGACGCUCGCGCUCAGCAAGCUCACGACAGUCAGCCUCAACAAGUAUGAGGAAGAGUGUGAUACCGAACUAAAAGCAUUGUUGGCACCUUUGAUUCUACUGCAGCUAGGGAAUCCAGAUAGCAUCACCGCAUAUUCAGUGGAAGACAACCGGCUUGGCGUGAGGCGUGUAUUGAACCUCGUCAUUACAUUUUCUUUCGUAGUCUGGAUCCUCAAGAGAAAUUGGAAGACCUCCAUCCCGAUGAUACUGUACUUUCCAAUAUUUGUUGCUGGGAUAAUCAAGUAUGGAGAAACAAUUUGGGCGCUCUUUUCUGUGUACGACGAGAACACAAACAUGAGAAAAGAGGAUUUCGAUGAAGAAAAAAAGAUGUUCUCUGCAUUGAAGAACUUCCACACUCCCGAUCUGGAUAUUUUCUUGAAGGCUUACUAUCGGUUUGAUUGCUUAAAGCCUCACCUUGUGGACUGGCUGAAGCACCCUUUCUUCAUGCCACAUCGUAGUAAGUUGAUCGAAAAUUACAGUCCUAAAGAUGUAUUCUUGACAACUGAUAUGGAACUCGGGUUCAUGUAUGAUGUCCUCUACACCAAAGCACCAGUUCUUUAUACCAAACCCGGGAUCAUGCUCCGCAUGAUCAGUUAUUUCAGUUUGUGGUUGACAUUAGGCGGAUUUAUGGGACUUUUCUUUGACAGACACUGGAGGGGUCCGUAUGUUAUCUACACGUUUGGGCUGCUGAUUGGAGUCAUGCUUCUGGAAACUUAUCAGUUGUUGAAGCUUUUCUAUUCGGAUUGGGUGAUUAUAAUGAAUAGGAACCACCCAAUGGUCUUGAAGUUUCUAAAAUUUCUUGUCAAACGAUCUCUGAAGAAGGAAAGGUGGUCUAACAGAAUUCGGCAAUUUAAUUUUCUGGAUUUCUGCCUAUCUGAGAAACAACCCUGGCACUUCAAAAUCCUUCAACCGUUCGGCAAGGCGGAGAAGUUUAAGAGAUAUUGGUUAACGAAAUCUGUGCAAAUUAAGGAGUAUGUGAAGGAAUUAUUGCUUGAAGACAUGGAAAAGUUUGAAACAGAGAGAGACCAUCAACCCUUCACAAAUAGAGGCCAAUGGACGCUCAGGGCUCGCGAGGUUCUGGAUAAACUCAAAUGGAGUAUCGAGAUGACAUUUGAUAGAAGCAUCUUCAUAUGGCACAUUGCAACCCAUGUCUGCUACCUUUCAUGCCACGAAAAUUCAAAUCGUAAGGAGACGAGCAAACUGAUCUCAGAUUACAUGAUGUUCCUUCUGGUACAACAUCCUAAAAUACUCUCUUCGACCACGGCUGAGAUCACUUACCAUCACACCUACACAAAGCUCAAGACGUUCUUGGAUAAAUUCCCGGAAAAGGACAUCCUGAAAGUUCUAUUGGGGCCCGAUCCCGUGCAGGAAAGUAACUCCUUUGAAGCAGUUAUCACCAAAGGGUGGAAUGUCCUUGAGGAAGCGCGGACACUAGCGAGAGAGCUGAAAAGUACAAAAGACACAUGGCAGCUCAUCAGCAGCGUUUGGGUUGAGAUGCUAUGUUUUUCGGCGUACAAUUGCCAGCUAUACCAGCAUGCGAAGCUGCUGAGGCGGGGCGGAGAAAUCAUCACUCACGUGUGGCUCCUCCUUUCACACAGGACAGACAAGUUCAACACCAAUAAGUACAUGGAUCGGGACACAGAGCGCGAAUAGAGAUGAUGGCAUGUUGCUUUUGCUUAUGAAACUACUUGUUUACAGAUCAUAUUUUCUUCUCAGAUUAUGCAUCGUGGCAUACUA